AUGGAGCGGCAUAGACGUAGGCUCGAAGCUUCAAAGUUCUGGAUUAAGCUUGAAGGACAAUCGGACACCAUUGAGGCUGUUGCACAAGCAGUUGGCAUUUCAUCGCCUAAUGGUCGUGCUUUUUCUGCCACCGACUCAUCGGGAAGUGUUGGCUCUUUUCUGGAAAUCAAUGCCAUCAACAAGACCGCCAUCGAAAUGUACCUGAGAGAGAUACCGAGCCUCACUAACUUCGUUCCAACAUUUAUCCCACGCAACCCAGCAAGAAGGAGUCUUUCAUCUCAUUCACCGCAUUCAAUAUUGGACAUCGAAUCAACACUCCCUGAUCGCCGACUAGCGCACUUGCAUGAUGAACCACUCCCCGAGCAUAUUAAGUACCCCUUUGGGUAUUUCGUUGAAGGAGACCUAGCCGACGUUACGGUCCUGUUUAGUCUGCUAGGUUGCGAGCCUCAAUUGAGACCUGCUAUGGCUGCUGCAGGAUUCUUGAGGGGGGGCCAAUCAUUGGCAAUGUCAAAUGACCCUCAUGGGACAAGGAUCGUGUCUGGAAAGGCACUUCUGGUUGAAACAGAGGCACAAGAAGACAUGUUACGGGUGUAUCAAUCGAACCGCUAUGAAGUUGUACGAUGUCCGAUCGACAUUGGGGAAGAAGAUAUGGUAGAUGGUUUCGCAUUUCGAUUCAUCGAGUAA